AUGAAGCAGGACGUGUGCGCCUGCUCUCUCGAGCUACCCCCCCCCCCCCCCCCCCACCUGGGGGGACUCAUCGCUUCUUACGGAGUGUUAUUGGAGUACCGCGUCACGUACACCGGGCCACGGGCAACCGUGACCUUGGUGUACGGUCAACCAGCGAGGAAGCUACCUAGGAGGAGGAGGAGGAGGAAGACGGACGCGCCAGGGGCGGACCGGGGGAGGUCAAAACCGGUAGCUCAACUACCGGCGGCGACUUCUUCCGUUGUACGCCCCAAGCCCCAGUCUACACCAGCGAGACCAGCUGUUACAGCCCUGCAGGAUCCAGAUGUUGACUUGCCAGUGGCGAAGCCGGACACGGACCUUAACCGGGCCCUGAUGGAAUCGCCCCCCACAUCUCCGAAGCCUUCAGCCUCCGGGUUUCCAGCGAUGCCACCCCCACCCAGGAAGAGUGGCGCUGUAGAAACCCAGGCCCGUCUUGUGGCCGUUGGAAAACGAAAGGCGGUUGUGUCCCCAGGCGAUCAACCAGACAAGCCAAGUCCGCCGACCCAACCGCCUACACCAACCUCACCGCCGAUAGAUGAUCCGACCAUCGGCCAGCCUUGGACACUACAGUCUGGCAAGCUACCAUCGCGCUACUCAAGGCUGGUCAAGAUCAACAUCGGGGAUGUCCGUCGGCUCCUUUGUGAACCUGGUCCGAAUACCUACGAACCUCUGCCGCUAACGGAAGGAGAGUUUUCGGUGCGGAGGAUUACUAUGAAAGAUGGGGGAGGGAUCUGCCUUACUGUCCGCCGGAGGGGACUUUUCCACCAAGGGAUUCUUCUCGAUGAAAUGGACAACCCGACCAUCCACCGUGUCAUCAAGACCGUUGCCGGGGAAGAUUACCGUCCAAUCAUCGAGAACAUCGCCAAGUCCACAUACCGGCAAGCCCUCCACCAUCUGGAUUCGUCCCUCUUCAUCAGCUCUCCUUGUCGACAUCCCCUCUACCAACCUCCUUUGCCUCCCUGUGAUUCUGUGUGUAACCAGGAACAUGGAUCGGUGCCACCAGUUGUUCGUUAUUCCUCCACUGCAGACGACUGAGUACCGCAAACACUUUGAACAGUCACCACCUUAGCACGAAAGUGUCGAUUGCAGGACCUUUGAUGCAGUACAUGUACUCGUAAUGGGACGUAGCAGGCGGACUGGCUGUGACGCACCUUCGC